AAGCGAAUCCGGACAAGCAUCUAUGAUAAUGUGUUUUAAUAAAAUAAAAUAUAUUAAAUUGUACGUAGGAAUGUAUGUACAUACUUAGUGUUUUUAAAAUUAUUUCCCAUCAUCCAACUAUCCAUAGCCAACUGACAGACGUCAGGAUCGCAUUAUCUCGGCGCAUAGAUAAUAUAGACUUCAUGUCUCGGCGGCCAGAUGAUAAUAUAGUAAUUCUAUUUUGUCAGGAAAUUCUGAAUUAGUUGUGGUUGUAUAAAUGCUCCUAUUUUUGUCUGGGGAGACAAACAAACAAAAAAUAUAAAUUUAGUCUGUAAAUAGUGUGAAUAUAAACAACAUACGAAAUUUAUGAAAGAACAAUAAAUACGUUGAAAAUAUUAUUUUAAACUUCAAUAUAAGACACUUAAUAGAAAAAAUAUUUUCACAAUGUUUACACAACAUAGAUUUUUAAUAACUAAAGCCGCUUCAUUUCGGAAUCUUUUAUUACCAGAAUUACAAAACAAUGCUCGUGUCUUGUAUAACAUCUCGCCAGUACGAAGUCGUUCUACAACUCCACUGAAUACAAUCAUUAUGUUUGUUCCCCAACAAGAGGCAUGGAUUGUAGAAAGAAUGGGAAAAUUUCAUAGAAUUUUGGACCCAGGAUUGAAUAUUUUAUGGCCGAUAGUAGAUAAAAUAAAAUAUGUUCAAAGUUUGAAGGAAAUAGCCAUUGAUGUUCCUAAACAGAGUGCAAUUACAUCUGACAAUGUUACAUUGAGCAUUGAUGGAGUACUUUAUCUUAGAAUUAUUGAUCCUUAUUUAGCUUCAUAUGGUGUAGAAGAUCCUGAAUUUGCAAUUACACAGUUGGCGCAAACUACAAUGCGAUCAGAAAUUGGGCAGAUUUCUUUGGAUAAAGUGUUCAGGGAGAGAGAAUCUUUAAAUGUAUCUAUAGUGCACGCCAUUAACAAAGCCAGUGAAGCUUGGGGUAUUACUUGUUUAAGAUACGAAAUACGUGAUGUUAAACUACCAACGCGUGUACAUGAAGCAAUGCAAAUGCAAGUAGAGGCGGAGAGACGGAAACGAGCCGCCAUACUAGAGUCUGAGGGGGUUCGUGCAGCUGACAUUAAUGUUGCAGAAGGAAAACGCCAGUCUAGGAUACUCGCUUCUGAGGCAGAGAAGCAGGAGCAGAUAAAUAAAGCUGCGGGUGAAGCGCAAGCGAUGCUCGCGGUGGCCGAGGCUCGCUCACGUGGGCUCAAACUGAUUGCACACGCACUCGCCGACAGGGACAGCAGACAUGCGGCAUCAUUAACUCUGGCAGAACAAUAUGUAUCAGCUUUUAAUAAAUUAGCUAGAACUAACAACACUCUUAUAUUACCAGCAAACGCUGGGGAUGUCUCAAAUUUAGUUGCACAGGCAAUGUCAAUAUACUCAACUGUCACAGCGCACAAUGCUCAAUCGACACAGCCUGAAACACAAGAUUUAUAUGAAGAGCCUCUAGUCAAAAUAAACGCUCUAACCGAAAAAGGAAGCACGAUGGCUGGACAUCCCGUACCUAAGGAAGCAGAUUUAGCGGAAUAUUAUUCGGAUGAUGAGGAACGUGAAAAAGCAUUGCAAAAACAAAAAGAGAAGAAAGAUCAGCAUUUAAGUAAGAUGGAAAGAGAUACAUAAAUUUAAAAUAUAUAUUAGUGAGAUACAUAAUACGUCCUUUUGUUGAAUAGCAUACAGUAUACCUACAGUUGAAUACAUAUUGCAUGCGUGAAAGUGUUAAAUUUCUCAAUAAUUCACAAUUGUGCUACAUUCUAUAUCGAAAAAAAAAAGAAAAGAUUGUAAGUUACCUACACUAGUUAUCGAAAUUCAUUUAACAGUUAUACAGUAGUAUUGUACAGAUUUCAUAAUUUUGUUUUUAGAUAGGAUAUAUUGAAAUGCUUUUGGAUGGAGAAGUUCAGUGAAUUGUUAAAUUAAAAUGAACUUAAGUAAAAAAUAAAGUAAAUAAAGGUAAAUAUGAAAAAUAAAUUUGGAAUACAACUGAAUAAUUGAUAGAAUGCGUUUUAAUCAAACACACAUUAGUAUUUUCUUU